AUGGAAGCAAACAUCUGCAGGAAGCAAAUCCAAGGAGGCCACAAUGGCUUCAUCCGAGUGUGGAACAUGUGUUUGGAAACCUAUGAAACAGAAGAGCGCAGGGCAGCUUCGUCGGAGACCCCAGCUGACAUCAAGUCAAGGCAGGUUCCCCUGUGCGGCAGGAACAUCUGCACAGUGCAGACAGACAGCUGUGAAACAGCCAUGGCCUGGAGUCGGUGUGUGUUUGUCCUUUUGCUUUUUAACUAUAAAAUCAGAUCCAACCAAUGGCAUCACCAGAAGAUGGGCUUCAGACUCGCAUCUCACCUCCAGGACCUGCAGUGCGGUUUCUUCCUCUCUGGGACAAGCCUCAUUAUCUCCAAGAAAGUCACUGCAUUCUGGGGGAGCAGGAGUGCGGACCUGGACCGACGCUUCCACCCUGCAACUCUUUCUGUGGGGGCACGCUGUGAAAAGUGGCAUUCCAAGAGAAACAGCCAGGCCCUGGCGCUGGCACCGUGUCCUGCCAUGGCCAACGGGGGAGAUAUCAGCAUGGCCACGUACACAUGCGGAGGUGAGCUGGCCGUGCUAAACUCACUGAGCAGCGGUUUACCGAUUAUCACCUGGUCAAACGUAAACACAGCCAGGGAUACUUUCCGACAUAUUUUUAUUAACGUUUCCACAUCAUCAUGUUCUGUGAUUCCAUCUGACUCACCUCUUUCAGAAUCCACUCAGUUAACAUUUAUAGAGCACUCCUCAAACCUGAGGCCAGCAAGACAACUGGACUGGGGGCUGCCGUGUCUCCCCAGCACACGCAGGGCAGCUUGUGUUGACAUCGGCAAAUCACAAGGCAUUGAAACGAAGCUCAUCUUAGAAAACCAAGGCCACACGUGGCACUUGUGGAGAGUGGGUUUUCCACACUUCCCACGGCCACGGAACAUCGUUCUGAGCCUCACAUGGGUGUCACAGGCCUCCCUGGGACCUGCUGGACCUCCCAGGGAGUGGCCUCUUCAGAUCUACCAUCCCUGCAGACAUGAGAGCCAGCCCCGUUCCAAGACUGAGAGAGUCAUGGUGCUUCAGCCAGAUGUCCUGGGACUGGGUGUAGCCCAUAACCUGCCCAUCUGCACAGUAAAUGUGCAAACACCGUCAGUCACCAUGUGGUGGCAGGGAAGCCGUCUCCGCAGACAGCGAGGGAAGCUUCCGCCCAGCCAUGGGGCACAGCUGUCAACGUGGCCCGGAGACCAGCAUCCCCGCUUGGUCCUUCCUCCUGAGGUCCAUCAUGCCCGUUUCCCCAUCUUCAUGUGGUAAAUUCACGUGAUGGCGAUGGGUUGACUAUGUCAUAACAGACACACAGAUGAUGCCCUUGGAAAAGAUACAAACCCAAGCAUGCAACCAUCCCUGUUAGUCUCACUUUGCUUCUGUGGGCCAGAUGAGCUCAAUGUUGAUUCACUCUAGGACAAUGGCCCCUCUCAGUUGAAGAAAGACUAUUUUGUUGCCAGAGAAAUCUCCCAGCAUAAGGAAACUAGAAAUGUCUUCUCAUUUUUAAUAAAUCCCAAAGUCCAUACCAUGUUCUACGUGUAUGCAGGAAGCAAUGGGAGUUACUG